AUGAAUCUCCAAGAAUUCCUCGCUAUGGAGGAUAACUUCGACCGCGAUGAGCUCAUUGACCUUCGCGGCCUGGAUUUCGUCUCCGACUACGACUCACACCUCAUGUGUCCAAUCUGCCACUGCCCUUUCGUUGACCCCGUCCGUCUACAAUGCGACCAUGUCUUCUGCCAGAGUUGCCUCAGUUCCGCCAUCAACACCUUCCGCUCGGCCGACUCGGAUGAGUUUCCGUGUCCCUCUUGCCGAACCCCCACCCGCGAGGUGUCGACCAGUGUACCCCGCCUGCUGAUCAACAUGUGCGACGAGAUCCGGGUGCGAUGUCCUUUGAUAACUGAGGGGUGUCAUGAGAUCGUUCCUAGAGGCCAUGUCCAGUCGCAUGUUGAGAAGUAUUGUGGGUAUCGGCUGGUUCCGUGCCCAGAUGAUUCAUGCGAUAGGCUGAUUCGGAAUAAGGAUAUUGGAUUAGAUGGGAAAUGCAUGCAUGUGCUGCGCCAAUGUCCUCGCUGUGAAGAGGAUGUUAUGGAGCAGGAUUAUGAGGAGCAUGACAAGGAGCUUUGUCCGGUUUUGGAGACUAGUUGUGUCGACUGUGAAACAGUCGUCUCUCGCAAGGCACUCAAGGAACAUGUCGAAGCAUGUCCAGAGGUUAUUGUCCCCUGCGCGGCAGCGAAACACGCAUGUCCUGUCAAGGUCCGUCGCGCAGACAUCGCAAUGCAUGAACAAAGUUGUCCGCUGGUCACGAUGAUUCCCUACUUUGAGGUGCAAAAUACACGGCUCAAUUCCUUGGAAUUAAGUAUGCGACACCUCCAGCAACGGAAUGAGAUCUUUGAAGAUGGGCUUGCCAACAUCCGGUCCACUCUCGUCGAGUCCGCGCGCAUCGGCGCCAGUGCUGCUCCCAGUGGGCAAUCUGCCAAUAAUGGCAGAGAUCAGCCCUCUACUCGCACCGAAACAAACACAGAUGAUCCAACGGAUAUCUCAUCGAGUGUGUUCUCAUCCAACGCCACAACGUAUCUACUCUCCCUCCACGAAUCUCUACGUGAGGAAGUAGAGCAAAUAAAACACAACCUCACAGAUCUAGACGCGCGUGCUAGCAUGGCUCUGAUGAACGAGUGUAUACGCAUGAAGGAAGACAUGGCCCACACGAAUGCCGCAGUGAACAGUGUCCGGAUGCAAGUCCAAUGGCUUAUGAAUCCUCGACUCCAUGGCACGCGCACAGGAGCUGUCCGAGCGAAUACAGGAAAUGAAACUCCUCGAUCGCCGAUGGCCUCGUCGUCGACCGCUGGGUCAAGCAGUACUACUGCUCAACCGCUAGGACCUCUCCGACCUAGGAGGCCUAGUGAUAGUGGGCGCGAGGGAACCAAGCUGUAA